AGCUGGCUUUGUGGUGCACACACCUGCUGACACCUAUUGGGACUUCUUCGUCUUGUGAGGCGUGGUCUUGCACCGCGACUCCAACAUGCAUCUUCGAAAUUAGGCUAUAGGCUACUUUAUUUAUCUGCACAUUAUUCAGAAAUUCCACACUUUUCUAUGACGUACCGUAAUGCCGAUAUUGCUCAUCACGCAUUGAACCCAGUAGUUUAAAUGCUAACUAAAAAUAAAAAGGUGCUGCAGCGCAGCGUGUCCUGUUUCCAUGGCUACAAGCUGCCAUGCAGCGAUUGGGGCGGAGCCUCUGUCUGCCCUCUCCGCUUGUGUAUAAUGAUGAUAAAGGGUUUUUUUUGUAUGACUGUCAUUGUCACCGUUGCACAGAAACUCUAUCCCGACGUUUUACACCGGCAGUAACCGCGGACCAGAGGAAGAUGGCAGAAAUUGACAAGAUUAAAAACGAGGAAAUGUAUAUCGGUGAAAUCAAAGGUGGGCUUAGACCGUCCAUGAGACUGGUCGUCAUGGGUAUUGUCAAGCAGCAACCAAAGAGCAUGGUGGUGGCUGUGGUCUGCCAUCCCGAGGACGAUGCAGACAGCGAUGUGGGCCUGCAGGUGGCGGUCAGCUUCCAGGACCGAGCCGUCCUGCGUAAUGCCCGUCUGGGGGGAAAGUGGGGUGCCUCGGAGAACGCCCUUUCCUACUUCCCCUUCGCUGCCGGGGAGCCCUUCAAGAUGGAGAUAGUAUGCGAGCACCAGCAGUUUCGGAUCUUGGUCGACGGUCAGCCCUUGUGUGGUUUCACUCACCGAGUUACCCAGCUUGCAUCUCUCACCGCCCUGCAUAUCUAUGGUGACCUGCAGCUGACAAAGGUGGCCUGAAGACCGUGGUGUGGAGGGGGCGGGGCGCAAGAGACAAAAGAGGGAGAGAGGACUCCUGUAACAUUAGCAUAAACAAGGAGAGCAGAAGUGACAGAGAAACAUUAACUGAUCCGGUGGAAAACAAUUCAGGAUGAUCUUCUUCUUUGACAUCACUUCCUGUUUAUGCACUUUGGUUGCUUAGGGCUGAUCCAGCUCACAGUCUCACUAUGUGAAAUGUGCCUUCUUUAGUGGAUUUGUAAUCCUAAGACCCAGAAGUAUAAAUUGCUCUUGCUGACUGCCAUGUGGAGUAGAAGAUCCAUGGAUAAAUUACUCUAAACUCA